AUGUCUCAUUCGACCGUGAUUCGUAGAUUAUUAAAAAUAUGCGAACAAGGAAAAGACACAUCUAGAUUAGAAGCAUCAAUUGCACUUAACAUAGGCGAGUACUGUAAAGAACCCGUUUUUUAUACUCUUCCAUUAAAUUUACUGUUUUCUAUUGCUUCAAAAUGCGAUAAUUUAGAUGUUAAAUCAUUAUCACUAAUUGUUUCUGGUGUUUCAAGAGCUUACGGCAGUGAUGGACUUCAAAUUCUAGAUUUUCUCCCAACAAACGAAUCUUCGGACUCAAAACCAUCUCAGAAACUAUCAAAAUUCAAAUCUACAUCAGACGUUAAUAACUCUUUAUCAAGUUCACCAAAACCGAUUAAAUCUACUUCAAAAGAUGAUCUAACUGAAGCCAAAACAUCACCUUCCAAGUUUAAACAACGCAGUAAAUCCCUAUCAACAAAGAAUUUCGAAGAUAGAUUUAAAUCAAUCGACUCAGAAGCAAGCAAGAACGCUUCAAAUGAUUCAUCAGAAAGGGGUUCUCAUGAGCCAAAUCCGUUUGAAAUGAUCGAAUCUGGAAAUUUGGAAGAUUUCAAAAAAUAUAUUGAAAAGAAUUCAAAUAAUAUCAACAAAACAGAUCAAUUUGGCAACACACUCUUACAUAUUGCGGCUAAGUAUGCAAAGAACGAUUUUCUUUUAUAUUUAUUAGAUUUUCCAAUAGAUCUUGAAAAAAGGAACAAAAAAGGAUGGACAGCAAUGCAUUUUGCUGCAAUGGGUACUAACUUAUCAACUCUUGCUCUAUUGAUCGAUGCUGGCGCCAAUGUAGAACCUUAUGGAAAAGAUUCUCCUUUACAUCUUGCUGUUUACUACGAUAGAUAUGACAAUGCUGAAUUGCUUCUAGAACAUGGCGCAGAUGUGAGAAAGAGAGGUUAUACACUUGGAUUUGUUCCUUUGGGUUACGCUAAGAGUCAGAAAAUAAUCCAACUCCUUUCUUCAUUCACUGAAUAA